AUUACAAUUAGUUUUUUAUAUUCGAAGAAAUCUUGGCAGAAAUGUUCUCAUUGGGCUUUCGAUAUUAAUCGAAAAUUGAUAAAUGAAAUGGCGUGCAUAGCACCAUCUUACGGUAGUUAAAGAGAUAACUUCUAUUGGUACGGAAUUUCUCAGCCGAAUUAAGACGAAGAGUGCCGAGUUUAACCGAAUACAAUCCUCGCCGUGAUAUUAGCCACAACAAAAAUUUGGUAGCAUUCGCAUAAAAAGUUUUCGGCAAUAUACGUGUAUAAUUUUCUCGUUCUUUGUGCAGUUUAGUCACUGUAAUUGAGGUCUCCAGUGGCCAAUAUAAACGAAGUUUAAGUGGUUAUAGGAAAUUUGGAAUAUCACAAUGGCAGGAGAACAGCAGCAAUUUUUUCUCAAGUGGAAUGAUUUCCAAUCUAAUAUGGUGUCAUCAUUUAAACAUUUACGAGAUGAGAAAAGUUUUACUGAUGUAACGUUAGCUUGUGAUGGGCAAACAUGUAAAGCGCAUAAAAUGGUUUUGUCAGCUUGUAGUCCUUACUUUAAAUCCCUUUUAGAGGAAAAUCCGUCCAAACAUCCUAUCAUUAUUUUAAAAGAUGUCGCUUAUGGUCAUCUGCAAGCAAUUUUAGAAUUUAUGUAUGCUGGUGAAGUAAAUGUUUCGCAAGAUCAACUAUCAGCUUUUCUUAAGACUGCAGAUCGACUCAAAGUUAAAGGCUUAGCCGAAGCGCCAGGUGCUAUUAAAAGGGAAGGUUAAACCAUUUGUGGUCUUUGGAAAGCGUGCAGACUGAAAAAAAAAAAAAGAAAA